CGUAACCGGUGUGGACAGGAGUUGAUCCUCGGUAGAUUGGGUCGUUUAGGAGAAUUUAAUAAAAGAAAGUGGUGUUUCCAUUUUACUGAUGCCACUUUACAAUGUCUUAUUUAAGACGGAUGGCUGGUCGUCCUCACUCAAAGAGACUGCCAAGGCAUCUAAGAAAUGAGGACAUUCCAAAAGAUGACUUCACUCCCAAAUCCUACCAGGUUGAGCUGUUGGCGUCAGCGCUGGCCCGUAACACGGUGGUAUGCAUGGGGUCCUCCUCAGGGCGGAUGUUCAUAGCCGUGAUGCUGCUCAAGGAAAUGGCGAGCCAGUUGAGGGUUCCAGUGGUUGACGGUGGCAGGCGAUCCAUCUUUCUUGUGGACUCAGAAGAGAUGCUAGAUGAAGUAAGGCUGCGUCUUCAGCACCCAUGUGACUUCCCUGUGACAUGUGCUCGUAGCUCUGACAUGGACACAAUCGCCUGGAAGAAGCAGCUGGAUUGCUCUGGGGCAAUUAUCCUGACUGGCUCAGUAUUCCUACAGUUGCUUAAAAGAGGUGUGGCCACGUUUGUUGACCUGAACCUGGUCAUCUUCCACAACUGUCAUAAAGUCCUGGAAGCCAGCCAUCCAUAUCAGCACAUCAUGGACCUGUACAGAGACUGUCCCGUCACAAGUCAACCUAGGCUGCUCGGUCUGGCACCGAACAUUCUGGAUGGAAAAUACCAGACCCCAAAACAAUUGGCUGAUCUCAUAGCUUCCCUGGAGAAAGCUCUUUGUUCGGUCGCGGAAACUACGUCCCUGGUGAUUCCUGAGAGGUAUGGAAUAAAGCCGAGAGAAGAAGUUAUAGAGUGCGCGGAUUAUGAGGAUAAGACCGGGCUUAAGGGCGAAUUGUGUGAACUCUUGGAGGGGUCCAUUGAUUUUCUGGAUGAGUGCAAUAUACAGAUUAACGAGGAGCUGGAUAAACGUGACCCAAGACAGAUCCCGAAAGCUGCCCUCAUCGAGUGCUAUAAUAUUUUGUUCCAUCUGGGACCCUGGUGUGCGCAGUGUUUGGCUAACAUGUUGGUCAACCAGCUGGAGAAAAUUGAGAAACAGAAAGAGUUUAUUGCCAUGAACAAAAAAUUCCUGAAAAUAGGGGCAACUACUUUACGCAUGGUCUCUAAAAUCUUUGAUGAACAUUUUAAAAAAUGCGAUUAUUCUCUGGAAGAGUUGCUGAAGUACAGUACCCCCAAAGUGGCGGCAUUGCUUGAGCACCUACGAAAAUACCGUCCAAAAACAGAUUUCGUUAUCAUAAGUGAAGAGCUAGAUGAUAUGGAUGGAGAGAAUGACAGCAAUUCAGAUAUGUCCGAUGACUCUUACUUCUCUGAUAAUGAUGUUGAUGACGAUGAUGAUGACUUUAAGUCUCCAAGCUCCAGACAUAUUCAUGUAGCCGUGAAGAAAGUGAAUCCAGGCCAAACAGGUAAUACGGACACAUUGACUUUCGAUGAAGACACUGCACUUUGUGGACUUAUCUUUGUGGACAAUCAAUAUUCGGCAUACGCUUUAAACAAAUUUAUCGAGGAGGCUUGCUCGUGGGACGAAGGGCUGUGUUUUGUGAAAAGCUCUCACCUCACUGGAAACAAGUCAAUGUCAAAGGGACUGAAGUUGUACAAGAAACAGGAGGACACUUUGCGGAAGUUUCGAAUGCAGGAGUUGAAUUUGCUCAUUUCUACAAGUGUGUUAGAAGAAGGGGUCGAUGUACCAAAAUGCAACUUUGUGGCGCGGUUUGAAAUUCCAAGAUCUUACAGAUCUUACAGUCAUUCCAAGGGCAGGGCCCGUGCCAGAGAGGCAGAGUUUUUGAUAUUCAUUGAAGAGGAACAUUCAGACGCAUUUGAAUCGGAACUCAAAACAUACAGAGACAUAGAGAAGGUGCUGGCUCAUAGACAGUGUGAAGUGGCAGAAGAAGGCGUGGAAGUCCCAUCUGAAUCUACCCAGUGUGAUUCACACAUCAAGCCAUUCUUUCCACAGACUGGAGACAGCAAAAUCUGUGCCUCUGAAGACAAUGCAAUCAUGCUUGUUAAUAGAUACUGUGCUAAACUUCCAAGUGAUGCCUUCACUCAUCUCACCCCACGGUGCAACAUUCACAAAGUGAAGGAAGGGGAUUCAACUCUGUAUGUGGCCAUGCUCCGUCUACCAAUUAACUCCCCUAUCAAACAGGAAAUUCAGGGAACACCUAUGCCAACUGUAAGGAAAGCCAAGCAAGCUGUAGCUGUGGAGGCGUGUGAAAUCCUCUUUCAGCAAGGAGAGCUGGAUGUGAACCUGAUGCCAGUGGGGAAGGAGAUGCUUGAAGGAGAGGGGGAGGCUGAGGAGGAGGAGGAGGUGGAAGAGGAGGAAGACUUCCCUGGGGAGGCCCGACCUGGCACCACCAAAAGGAAGCAGUACUACUGCAAGAGGACGGCCACAGCUCUGCAGCAGACGCUGCCCGAGGCGGGGGUACCCAGCCACCUGUACGUGGUCACCAUGGUACUGACUGGACCAAUCACGGAGGAUCAGAACACCCGCGGAAGAAAGAUUUAUGCCCCAGAGGAGACUACACGAUCAUUCGGUAUCAUCACGGCAAAACCCAUUCCCUUGGUGCCGAUGUUCCCAGUUUUUACCCGCUCUGGAGAGGUCACGGUUUCUGUGGAUUUGUUGACGAGCAGGCUACACCUCUGUCCAAAGGAGCUGACAAAGCUGCAGACAUUUCACCAGUUCAUCUUCUCCAACGUCCUGCGUCUCGAGAAAGAACCCAUGGAUUACAUCCCGUCUGCAAGUCCGGUCGGCUACCUGGUGGUACCCCUCAAUAGAGAAGAUCCCACUGAUGACCUGGGUAUAGACUGGAACUUUACAGACAGGGUCGUCAACUCAAAGCCCAAUAGAAGCCCUACACAGAAUGAAGAAUACACGUUUGAAUUCAAGGCAGAAGACUUCGAGGAUGCUGUAGUAAUGCCGGCUUAUAGGAACAUUGACCAGCCACAAUAUUUCUACGUGGCAGAAAUCCGGUUUGAUCUCAAUCCCUGUUCUCCCUUCCCUUCGCCCGAACUCUACAAAACUUUUGCAGAGUACUAUGCAGCUAAGUACGGGCUGGCUAUUUCCAAUCUGGAUCAGCCGCUACUCGAUGUGGACCACACAUCUGCUCGACUCAACCUCCUCAUUCCACGCUACAUGAACCAAAAGGGUGUUCCUCUGCCUACAACAAGCGCUGAGACAAAGAAAGCGCGGCGGGAAAAUCUACAGCAGAAACAGAUACUGGUUCCUGAACUUUGUGAUGUUCACGUGUUUCUCGCUUCCCUGUGGAGAAAGGCCGUCUGCUUGCCAGCAAUUUUGUAUCGGUUGAAUUAUCUUCUGCUUGCUGAGGAAAUUCGAAAGCUUGUUGCAAAGGAGACAAAAAUUGGAAUUGAAGAGCUUCCAUCUGGGUUUAGGUUUACAAAGUUGGAUUUUGGCAUUGACACCAGCCCUGAAAAUUUACGGAAUGUGAAAGAGGAGAAAGAGACCGAGAGUGUAGUUAAUACAGCUGAAACGAUAGCCAUCAAUGAAGAUAUGCUUGAAGAUACUUGUGAAAAAGAUAGAAUUUGCUCUGAUGAAGGAUCCAGCAUGGUGAAUUCUAAUGAUGGUAAAAUAUCAGAGAAUGAAUUUCAUGAGAAAGAAUUAGACACAGGCAAACCUUUAGGGGAGAAGUUUAUUGAACACAUUUCUUGCCCUUCCAGUGAAAAAGAGAACAUGCAGAAAUCAAGAAUAGAUAAGGUUACUGUUGAAAAUCUAUCAAAAAACGUAAAUAGAUUAACAAUUAAGGAUAUAAGUGAUAAUUUGUGCAAUUCAGAGUGUGAUCCAUGUGUGCCAAAACAGUUAAAAAAUAAGAAUGUGACACAAAAAAGGCCAGAUUCGAAAGACAAAUAUAUUUUAUCAAAUGGAAAUUGUGUAGAUGAAGAAAGCCACAGGCCUUGUAUGAUGAAUGGACAAGACUCUAACAACAGCAAUCUCUUUGAGCAGACUUCAUACUGUAAUGGUGUGAGGGAAGAAAGCACAACUGAGCCCAGAGACAAUAUCAAAGAUGAAGGUUUUGUCAAUCACAAAAAGGACAUACAGCAAAUGGAUGGUCACCAGGAUUUAAGUACUGAUGUGCAAAGCAGGUUAGAUAACAAAAGCACAGAAAAUGGAAAACAUCCCACAAUUGAGGAUUGUAACCAUUCCAAGAAAUCACUUGAUACUGAAAAGGACUAUGAUGUUUUUCAUAAUGUCGGGGCAUUUAGGACAGAAGAAGAAAAACUGCAAGCUGUUGCCAAUAGUAAAGAAAAAAACAAAGAUGUAUUUGAGAAUGUUGGCGUGUUUAUGACAGAAGAAGAAAAACAGCAGGCUGUUGCCAAUAGUAAUGAAUGCCCAGAGCCUCUGAUCUCCCUCGAUCAAGACAUGGAUCUCUCCACAUUUAUAGGCCCCAGCCCCUGUGAGAUACUGCAAGCUCUUACCAUGUCAAAUGCAAAUGAUUUUUUCAGUCUCGAGCGCCUCGAGACCAUUGGAGACUCCUUCCUGAAAUAUGCGAUCACAGUGUACUUGUACUGCUCCUAUCCUGGCAUCCACGAAGGAAAACUGAGCUACCUUCGCAGCAAGCAGGUGAGCAACUACAACCUGUACAGGCUGGGAAAGCGCAAGGGCCUUGCAGAGUGCAUGAUCUCCACUAAGUUUGAACCCUACGAAAACUGGCUCCCGCCUGGAUAUGUAAUAAAUGAUGACAAAAGAAAAGGACCCGUGCCUAAAGUAUUUGUCAAUCCCGUCUCCACUUAUUUGAGUAAUUGUGUGUCUGUUUCUGAUACAUAUACUACAAAUACUGCAAAUGACACAAGCUCAAACAAUUCAAAUAACAUCGCAGAUUUCGUUUAUCGAGACAAGGACAAGUUUCAGUCGGAACUUAAAGAGGCUGAUCAGAUCUUGGAAGUUAAAGAUGAAGAAUUCGAAAAGGGUCAAAUAUUGUCAAAGGACAAGUUUCAGUCGGAACUUGAAGAGGCUGAUCAAAUCGCGAAAGCUAAAGACGAAGAGUUUGAAAAAGAUGAAUUAUCAGCGGAAAGCUCUCAAUACAUGCUGCCCUACUGUCUCCAGUUACACCACUGCCUGCCUGACAAGAGUAUUGCGGACGGUGUGGAAGCCCUGAUUGGCUGCUACCUGACAUCAUGUGACAAGAUGGCCGCCUUGAGGUUCAUGGCUUGGAUGGGAUUGAAGGUUCUCCCCAAGGAGAGGCUCAAGUGGAACACUGAACAUGGGGGUUCUCCACCGGAUAGCAGAGUUCUCCCCUGCCCCAAGUCUCCGCUAGUGAAUCAGAACCCAGAGUCAAAAGAAUUGCUGAGUCGUCUGCUACAUGGUUACGAGAGAUUUGAGGCUACAAUUGGCUACACCUUCAACGAUCGCUCCUACCUUCUACAGGCGUUCACUCAUGCUUCAUAUCAUUACAACAUCAUCACUGACUGCUAUCAGAGACUCGAGUUCCUAGGCGAUGCAGUUCUAGACUAUGUGAUCACGCGCCACCUGUAUGAAGACUCGGACCGUUAUAGCCCCGGCGUUCUGACUGACCUGCGAUCUGCCCUCGUUAACAACAACAUAUUUGCGGCCCUUGCAGUCAAGUGGGACUUCCACAAGUACUUCAAAGCCAUCUCCCCCUCGCUGUUCAGCGUUAUUGAGAAGUUUGUCUUGAGGCAAAAAGAGAAGGAGGACGAGAUUGAUGAAGAUGCUGACGAUGAGCUGGAUGAAGACCAUGACAAAGAGCAUGUGGAGUUGGAGGUUCCCAAAGCCCUGGGCGACAUCUUUGAGUCUGUUGCUGGUGCGAUAUAUCUAGACAGUGGCAUGUCCCUGGAAGCCGUCUGGAGAGUGUUCUACCGCAUCAUGAAACCACAAAUAGACAAAUACUUGAAGAAUAUUCCAAAGUCCCCUGUAAGAGAACUUCUAGAACAAGAACCAGAGACUGCUAAAUUCGAAAAGCCCGAGCGUACGAUGGAUGGAAAGAUACGAGUGACAGUCAAUGUGGUUGGCAAGGGGGUGUACACUGGAGUGGGGCGCAACUAUCGCAUAGCAAAGAGUGCCGCAGCCAAGAAAGCGCUACGAUGUAUCAAGACUCUUGAACUCCAAGGACUUAUAUGAGCCUGUCGUAGGCACUGAACAUUAAAAUUAGCCUCUAUCUGGGGAAAAUGGGCUUAAUGCAUGUGUGUAAAGUGUCAUCACAGAUUAGCCUGUGCAGAUUGUAUAGGCUUCUAGGCUUCUGUAGGAUGACACUUUACUCACAUGUUGUAAGUCAACUUUUCCCAGAGCGAGGCUACAAUGGAAUGAAUGAAAUGUAAAUUGCUUAUAUGAGGAUGUAUACUAGGCCAUUAAGAAUAAAUUAGCAUUAAAUAAAAAAUAAAAAUAAUUAUAUAAUUAUUCGCAUUCCAUGAUCAUGUAACCAUGUGCUGUUGUUAACCCAUGAAAAAUACAUGCAUGAUUGGUUUAAUCAGUAUUUUAUUGAUAUAUUUGGGCCGUGUUCUGUCAAAAGGGGUUUUAAUGCAUGUGCGUGUCAUCCCAGAUUAGCCUGUGCAGUCCGGUUAGGCUAAUCAGGGAUGACACUUUCCGCCUAAACUGGAUUUUAGCUUAGAAGAUACUUUCUUUAAACAAAAACUAUCAUAAAAGCAGAAAGUAUGGUCCCUGAUUAGACUGCGCAGACUGCAGAGGCUAUUUUGGGACGACACUUUACGCACAUGCAUUAAACCCCUUUUUACGGAGCACAGCCCAUUUGUAUUGUAAACCUGCAACAUAUCACCAAUGAGUUUAUACAAGUAUUUUUGAAGGGUCAACAUAUUUUUACCUCAAAAGCUCAAAAGUGGCCUGCUCCAGGGGUGCACCAGUUUUACAUUGACUUACCGGUAUAUAGGGAAAACCUUUACAAAUCUAAUCUAAAACAGCAAAGUCCAAAGCUUUCUUAUAUGGUAUGUAAUAUUAUCAAAAGGUCCUCUAAGAAGUUUUCAUACUAUCCCCAUAGUGUAAAAACUGGCCUCACCCCUGGGGGUCACCACUUUAUAGUGACCUAUAUAGAGAUACCCUAAAUCUGCUCAUCUGAAACCGCAAAAUGCAUUGCUUUCAUAUUUGGUAUAUAGCAUCAUCUAGAGUCCCUCUAAAAAGUGUGUUCAAAUCAUGGGUUGAGGCUGACUUAUUGAAAAAACGAAGCACUAGUGGUAACAUUUUUUAUAUGGACAUAUUGCAAAAUAAUUGUAACAAAAUUUGCAACAGGGCACCAAGCUUUGAUAUUUAGUAUGUGCCAUAAGAUAGAAGUCCUCAAAUAUGUUUGUUCUAGGUAUGUCCAUUGGAUCAAAUAUGACCAAAUUUUUUAUGUAGACUUUAGGCAAAAUAAAUUUUUUUUUCUAAAAGGAAAGGUCCAUAGGUAUAAUGUUUUUAUGUAACACCAGAUAGUUUUCUUCCAGUUGGUUUCUUCAAAUUAUGCCAAUGGGGUUAAAACUGGCCACACAGGGUAGUGAUGUGAAAUGUUUUGUUUAGCAAGAUAAGUUCAAAUGAUCCCCUGCUGUCAAAAUUAGCACCAAACGUGGGAUCUUGAGUAUUAUACCACUAAGCUACAGUUUCUCAGUUGAACAUUUUAGUAUUUUUAGUAUCCUUUUUAAUAUUGGUCUUUUCUAGUCUGUGAAUUUUGUGAUAAUAAUUCUUGACUUUGUAUUUCUCAGUUCGCCUCAUAUUGCAUAGGCUGCUUGAAUUUCAAAAUGAUGUCAAAACAACAACUUGCUAAAUUGCUCAACACACUGACAGAUAUUCAGAUAUUCAAUCAACUUGGCUGGAAUUAUUGAAGAGUAGACCCUCGAAAAUAAACCUAUGUGGAAUGAUGCUACAAAAGCACUGUUUUACUACGUUCCCUAGUUGUUGGAUUGCUUUAAUAAUGUUAUAGCAGCUAGAAUAUGACAUCAAAUGUCAUAUACCUGUACAUGUGGUGUUUUGUGUAUGAGCAACUACCCUUCACUUUGCCUGUUGUGUUUCUAGAGCAUUACCUGUAUUUUAUCUUAAUACCAAAUGUAUUUAAUACCUGGUAUCAAGUGUUAUAAAUAUUUGCUAGUUUGAAUGUAUUUUCUUAAUGAUAAUAGUCACUGAUUAUUGGAAAGGUGUCUGUGUAUAUUUUGUGUGCAAUUAUUACUGCAUACUGCAUACAGUAUGUGCUUUUGUGACUGUUAUGUGCUUUAAAUCUGUAUUUUGCCAGCUUAUCCGUUAUAAUGAUCUAAUCAAUUUACAAACUGAGCUUUGCUGUGUGAAAACAGGGCUUAAUGCAUGUGCAUAAAGUUUUGUUUCUGAUAAGCCUAUUCAGUCCGAAGUCUUAUCAGGGACAACACUUCCUGCUUUGACUGUUUUUUCCUUUUAGAAGAGUUUUACUGGAACCGAAAGUUUCGAUGACUUUGGAAAGAGUUAUCCCUAAUAGGCUUUAUGGACUGUAUGAGCUAAUCAGAAACAAAAUAUGCAUUAAGCCCUGAUUUCCCAGAGUGCGGCUCAAAUUCAGUUAAACAUUGGCAAGGAUGAAGGCAGUCUUAGAAUCAAAGCUUUUUCCAUUGUUUGCUAGGUUUUGCUAUAUAUAUAUUUUUUAUACAGUUUUUGGCAGUGAAAAAAUGUACUUAUAUCAUGAUAAAGUUAAUUAACGGGACCUUUUCACAGAUUUUGACAUGUAUUGUAGUUUGUCAUUAAAUGCUAUAUGUUGAUAAAUGUAAACGUUGGAUCCAAAAAGCUCCAGUAAAAAACAAGAAUAAAAUAAAAGAAAGAAAAAAAAGUAACCCUCAACUGGGCUCGAACCAUUGACCCCUGGAGUAAAAUUCUAACGCUUAGACCACUCGGCCAUCUGUGCUCAUACAAUAAGCGAUGCAUUUUAUACUUAAUAUAAGCAAUCCUUGUAAUGUCACAAAAUUUAACGACAACAACAGAACUCUCCAAAUUAUUCAAGUGUUUCGCUUUAUAAUUUUCUGGUUUUUAAAAAGAUGCAUUAAAUGGAUAUUUUAGAGCAUUGUAAGUAUGUUCAGUCUUACUGUUUCCUCAUAAAUAUAAGAACUGCAACGAAACUUGAGGAUAUCUGAAAAUGUCUCUUUAAUACAUCAGAAUAAUAUGUGACAUUUGCAUCUGAACAUGUUUGAUUUUUUUUUUAUUUCUCUUUUUUUUCAAAGUCAUGUUAAGUUAACUGACAUGGAAAAGAGUUUUAAUUGAUUAUUAAUAUCAAAUCACUGGACAGCUGAUUUUUUUAAGCUUUAAUGUUGUCUACUAAAAUAUUUUUUGAUAAAAAUUUAUUGCUUAUAUGGUUAUAAUGAUUGAUCUGUAUUUUUUUACAAGAAUCUGUGUAGUGAAGUCCAAAUGUAUUAGAACAUAAAAUUUAAAUUAAUUAAACUGUAAAUGAAAUGCAUUCUUGUAUUUAUAUUAUCUAUAUUGUAGUGUUGUGUCACCAAUAAACAUUCUGGGAAUGA